AUGUGGACGUCCUCGGUCGUCUCAUAUCUCACCUUGGGACUUGGCGCCCUGUCUAGCAGCGCAUUAGCUCAGAGCUACAAUGACAUUGCACCUAUCAAGGCUGUAGGCCAGCACUUCUUCUACUCUAACAACGGCACUCAAUUCCUCCUCAAGGGCGUUGCUUAUCAGGAGGAUUACAAUCCUAACGGUACUGCUAACAAUGCCGCCAACACCAAGUAUACUGAUCCGUUGGCCGACGCUUCGAAGUGUUCGCGCGACAUUCCUGUCAUGAAGAAGAUCUUCACCAACGUGAUCCGAGUCUAUGCUAUCGAUCCCACCCAAGAUCACGAUGAUUGCAUGGAGCAGUUGGCCUCCAAUGGCAUUUAUGUCAUUGCCGAUCUUGGUGAGCCUGGUACUUCUAUCGACAGCGACAACCCCGAAUGGAAUGUCGGUCUUUACCAGCGUUACACUGCUGUCAUCGAUUCUCUAAGCAAGUACAAGAACGUGAUCGGCUUCUUUGCUGGCAACGAAGUCGUAGAGAAGCAGAAUCAGACAUCGUCUGCUGCUUUCGUCAAGGCCGCCGUCCGUGACACAAAGGCCUACAUCAAGCAGAUGAACUACCGUGAUUCUUUGGGUGUAGGCUACGCAACUGCUGAUGUUCCUAGCAGAGAUGAGCUGGCUCAUUACUUUGCCUGUGAGCCCGAAGAUGGCGUUUCUACAUCAAUUGAUUUCUGGGGCUACAACGUUUACUCAUGGUGUGGAGACAGCAACUACCAGAGCUCAUCGUAUGGUACUCGUGUCGAUUUCUUCAAAGAUUAUCCCGUCCCUGCCUUCUUUGCCGAAUACGGAUGUAUUGAGGGUGUUGAGAAGGGCCACAGACCUUUUACUGAGGUUGCUGUUCUCUACGGUAACAUGACCUCAGUCUUUUCGGGAGGUAUCGUCUACGAAUAUUUCGAAGCGGAAAACCAUUAUGGUUUGGUCUCUAUUGAUGGCGACAGCGUUAGCCCAUACCCGGAAUACACCUCUCUUUCGUCUCAACUAGCCAAGGUCACACCGUCCCUCACACAGUCAAGCGCAUACAAACCGUCUAACACUGCUCCCGCCUGCCCUAGUGUUGGUGGUACGACAUGGGCUGCUGCUGCGUCACCUCUUCCCCCUGCGGUUAACCCUCAGCUUUGCGAGUGUGAGGUUGCUAGCUUGCAAUGCAACAUCGAUUCUGAUGAUGAGGAUUCAUACGCAAAGGUAUUCGACUACAUCUGUGGCUCGGACCCGGACUACUGCAAGGGAAUUGCCCACAACUCUACGACUGGCACUUAUGGCGCUCUUGGUGGAUGUUCUCCCAAGCAGCAACUCGCUUGGGUGGCCAACCAGCUAUACAUAAACAGCGACAACAAGGCAAGCGCCUGCGACUUCGAGGGAUUAGGCAAGACGCAAAGCCCCCAAACCUCAUCUGGCUGCCAGGCUUUGAUUUCGGCAGCUGGUACGAAUGGUGAAGGUUCUGUGGUCAGCCCAACGGGCCAGCAGGGUACCGCAGCUGCAAGCAGUUCAUCCGAAGGUGCUGCUGUAGGUAACAUGAUGGCGCCCUCGUUCUUCAACUAUGGCAAGGCCUUCUUCGCUGCCUACGUGAUCACUGCCUUGGUCUCAGGCGUCGAGUCGGUACGCGGGGAUGCCGAGGAUGGAUGGCUCGGUGCUUUACAUAUCGCGGCUCAGAGUGGACACGAGAGAAUGGUCGACAUACUAAUAGAACAGGGAGAAGACUUCAACGAGAAAGACAGUGAUGGACGUACUCCACUAAUGCACGCCGUGAUAGGUGGUCAUGAAGGUGUGGCACAAUUACUACUCGCACGCGGUGCCCCUAUCGCCCCCGUCGACCGGGACGCGAGAUCGGUACUACAUUGGGCUGCGGUGUACCGACGCGAAAGUAUGCUGCACAUGUUUCUCGAACCGCAGGGUUACUAUGCGAUAGAUCGCCCUGAUGUCGAUGCGUACGACGAUUCCGGAUGGACGCCCCUACACAUAGCGAUCCGUCGGGACUUCGAAGCCGGUGUCCGGAUGCUUCUCCAAGCCGGCGCGCGUUCAGACGCGAAAGCGCAGAAAUGCCCUUUGACGAGGAAACUAGAGGCUCUUGGUUUAUUCUAA